AUGAAAAGGGAUCUUUGUGUACACGUACCUAGAACUCGUAACGGUGGUGCGUUUAAACACUCCGAGGAUGUCGAGCUCCAUGCUAACGACUUCGAAUGGGACGAAAAGGUAGCGGAGCUAACCAUCACGGAGCGAAAGCAUGUUGAUGAGUAUAUGAGUAGGUGUAUGGCAGAAUUAAGUCGUGCCGGAUUGUCCAGGUCGCUGGAAGAGGUCCCUGAGAAGCCAUGGGAGAUGCAUUUCGCUGCAUCAAAGCAUCACUUUCCUCUAAAGAACUACAUCAUACAUGCGUUUCCGCUGCUGCGCACCGUUGUGGGCAGACGAGGUUCGCCUGCGUGGAUUUUAGAGUGUGGUUGCGGUACUGGGAGCACCCUGCUUCCAAUUAUGCGUGAAUGUACAAGCCCAGAUGUCCACUUUGUAGGCUUCGAUAUCUCACCAUCUGCACUCUCGCACUUCAGGAGCCAUGAGAUCGCACAGAGCUAUCUGCAGCGAAAUCAGCUUACACUGCUACCCUUGGCGAUUGGCAGCUCUACCUGUGCUACGAUCGCGGACCCCACGGCACCGGUGGCGAAGCGGCAACGGAUUGACAAAAAUGCUACCCUUGUAGUGGAUGCCCUCACUGCAGCGGACAAAUCUCUUCAGCACCAGAAGUUUGAUGCAAUCCUGCUAGUUUUUGUCCUCUCCGCGCUACCGACGGUGGAAAAAAUGCUCUCGGCUAUCAAACAGCUGAAGGGAGUUUUGAAGCAAGAUGGAAUACUGCUUUUCAGGGAUUAUGCGCUUCCUGACCACAACUUUUUCCGCUUCUUGUCCAAAAUGAACAACAAGGUUGGAGGCGUUGCUUUUGCAAAAGGUGACUGCACAACUCAGGUGUUCUUCCACAAAGAGUUUGCAACCAAACUUUUUUCGUCUGCUGGCCUAGUCGAGGUGGACGAUGCUCCGUCAAAGCUGACGUAUCACUGCAAUCGCAUUGUGAACCGAAAAAAUGGGAAAAAGAUGGAUAAGAUUUUCAUUAACGGAACGUUUAAGCUGGCACCGAGCAGCUGA